GCGACGACUGCUGGCUUUGACCGGAAAACAAGAAGAAGAGAAAAUAUAAGAAAAAAAGGAAAGGAAAAAAAGCCCAGAGCUUUAGCUUUUCGAUCUCGUGCGUCUUCGAGCACUGGAGUUGCUUUGAUCCUCGAUUCGAAACGGGAAAGGGUUUUGUUGAGCCAGUGGAAUGGCGAGCAGGAUUAAGGAGGAUGAGAAGAACGAGAAGAUCAUUAGAGGGCUUCUGAAGCUCCCUGCGAACAAGAGGUGUAUCAACUGCAAUAGUCUGGGACCGCAGUAUGUUUGCACAAAUUUCUGGACAUUCAUUUGUACAAAUUGCAGUGGGUUGCAUCGGGAGUUUACACACCGUGUGAAAUCGAUUUCGAUGGCUAAGUUCACCUCACAAGAAGUUCAUGCUUUACAAGGAGGUGGAAAUGAGCGUGCGAGAGAGAUUUACUUCAAGGAGUGGGAUCCAGAACGUCACUCAUUCCCUGAUAGCAGCAAUGUGGAUAGACUCAGGGACUUCAUUAAGCAUGUCUAUGUGGAUAGAAGAUAUACUGGGGAGAGGAGUACUGACAGGCCUCCUAUGGUGAAGGGAGAAGGAGAUGAAUCUAACUCUUAUCGCAGUGGCUCAAGAAGUCCUCCAUAUGAGGACAAUUUUGAACACCGCUAUGGAGAUCGUCCAAAUUCUGGUGGAAGAAAUGAUGACAGAAACUUCCGAUAUAGUAAUGGUGGAAGGAGUCCUGCUUCUGAUCCUGGUGACUAUGGGAGAAGUCCUGGCCAGUUUGAGGCAGUGAAUGGUGGAUAUCAGGAUGACAAAUAUGGAAAUGGAAACCGAAAUCAGAGAUUUGGAGACCGUAGGUCUGCAGAUGGGAUACCAAAGCCAGAAGGAAUGUCGCCAGAUAAUCAGAAAGGUGUUGGUUCGUCUACUGCCGCCAUAGUACCGUCUGUUAGAGAUAAUAUUAGCACUAGCAUUCCACUUCCCCGGAUUGAACCUCCGAAAGUAGGCGGUGUUAAGGUUCUUGAUAGCUCAACUAAAGGAAAUAGUUCCACAUCUUCUACUAGCAUUGGCUCCAGUGGUUCAAAUCAAGGGGAGUUGAAGCGAGUGAACUCUGGAAGUUUGAUCGAUUUCACUGCCGAUCCUGAGCCUCUUGUGACUGGCACAUCACAUCAACCUCAACAAGCAGCUUCAGCAUCUGCUAGUGAUCAGAAUUGGGCAUCUUUUGAUGUUCCCAUCCCAGAAAUUGCGCCUCAGGUGGUCUCCAGUAGCUCUUUGGAAUCUGUACUGGCAGAUUUGUCAGCUCCAGGAUCUAUUCCAACCGCUAGCAACAUUUUGAACAUGCCUAGUUCUGGAAUAAACUCAUCUCCGGCAACCAUUAGUGGAGCACAUUUUCCAGAGGGACAGCAGCAGUUGUUUUCUCUAUUUCCAGCCACUAGUGGUCACACUAAUAAUACACCAACAAAUUUUCCUGUCAUGGGAAUACCGAAUAAUGAGAGGCUUCUGGCUUCUUCAACUGGUUUUGCUGGACAACCUACUCAAACCAUAGUGAAUCCACCUCAAGGAAGUGCUGUUCUUUCCGCACAGCCUACUGUAGAGGCUAAAGCUAGUGGAAGAAAAGAGCUUCCAGCGGAUCUUUUCGCUGCACUUUACCCAGCAACACCUACUCCAGUGCAGACCUGGCAACCUGGUGCACAUGGUGGCAUGGGUUAUGGCAUGCAAUAUCCUGCUGCAUUUAAUGUCCCUGCAUUUACUCACUCAUCAAAAUCUUCAAAUCCUUUUGAUUCAACCAAUGGACCAGUUUCAGUCAGUGCUUCACAGUUUCCAUCCAUGACAUCAUUGCAUGGAGUGUUACCAAACAUGAAUAAUCCUUCACCCUUGAUCCGGACAUCCAGUGUGGAAACCCCUGCCCCACGAUGGAUUCCUCCACUACCUCACUCUUACUCUUCUAUUGCCUCUCCAAGUCCAUACAUGGCACAGCCAGGACAGAGUAUGCAGCAAGUACCAGCCAAUGUGUUUCAAUUAGCGAAUCAAGGAGGUCAGGGAGCGGCCUUUCACCCAUUCGGCAUGGAUCAAUUGUCAGCUGUGAGGAGUUCACUACCAAGCACACCCAACACUUUUGCUCCCAUUGGCCGAAAUCCUUUCGGAUAGGCAUGAGUAGCGAAGCUGGUGAUUCCCAUUCACAAUUUUUUGAGUUUCCUAUACAGAGUUGAUUGUUCAAACUAGGUGCCGAUCCAACAUUGUGGUGAAAGACUAAUAACUGCUGUUCUUGUGUUUAAACAACAACAAGAAAUAGAAAAGAAGGGUGUAGAUGAGAGCUGAGCCAUUAGUAGAAUGCAUGAGUGCAAGCAUACCUUCAUGUUCAUUUUCAUGUAAAAUUCAAUCUUGUAAUAUUUGUUGUUCAUGUCUAGAGUUUGUAUUUGUUCCCUUGUUUUUAAAAGAGUGUGUGUGUUUUUUUGGGCUAUCUGUGAGUGUGAUCAAUGCCUUUAUCAAGUUUUAAAAGGCUUCUGUAAAGUUAUUUCAGUUGAGUAGCACACUGAAUUAUAUUAUUCUAAAUUUUAUUGUGUUCUUUGAAGAUA